CUUCCUUCUUCUUUUUUUCUCAAUUUGAUUUUCCUUUCACAUUAUUAAAAAAUGUUGAUGAAAAACUCAUUCAUCUUCAUUUUGUUAGCUAUUUUGAUAUUAUCCCUAGAUGGAUUUAGCAAGCCUAUUAGAGCAGCUUCAAAUCCUAGUUUUGUUUAUACAGAUGGAACUCAUUUUGGAUUAAAUGGAAAGCCAUUUUAUAUGAAUGGUUUUAAUGCUUAUUGGCUAAUGUAUAUGGCUUCUGAUCCAUCAACAAGGAAUAAAGUUACAACCGUAUUUCAACAAGCUUCUAGAUAUAAGAUGAAUGUUGCUAGAAUUUGGGCAUUUACUGAUGGCGGUUCUAGACCCUUACAGUCUGCACCUGGUGUUUACAGCGAGCAAAUAUUUCAGGGAUUGGAUUUUGUGAUAUCAGAAGCCAAGAAAUAUGGAAUUCACUUAAUUCUUGCAUUAGUUAACAAUUGGGAAGCUUUAGGAGGAAAGAAACAAUAUGUAGCAUGGGCAAGGCAAAGAGGACAGCAAUUAAAAAGUGAUGAUGACUUCUUCACUAAUCCUAUGGUAAAAUGGUUUUAUAAAAAUCAUGUCAAGGUUGUGCUUACAAGAGUAAACACAAUAACCAAAGUGGCAUAUAAAGAUGAUCCAACAAUUCUUGCAUUUGAGCUAAUGAAUGAGCCUCGUUGCCAAUCCGACCUCUCUGGAAAAACAAUACAGAACUGGAUCACAGAAAUGGCAGCACAUUUUAAAUCAAUAGAUAAAAAUCAUCUCUUGGAGAUUGGACUUGAAGGAUUUUAUGGGCAUAACAAGAAACAAUACAACCCUAAUUCUUUUGAAAUUGGGACUGAUUUCAUCUCCAACAAUCAAAUAAGGGGAAUUGAUUUUACCACAAUCCAUAUAUACCCUGAGCAAUGGUUACCAGGUUCAACUCCAGAGGCCCAAGAUAAAUGGGCUUCACAAUGGAUCCAAGACCAUAUAAAUGACUCCAAAUUGUUGAGAAAACCUUUACUUAUUGCAGAAUUUGGCAAGUCUUCAAAUACCUCAGGAUUCACAAUUGCAAUGAGGGACAAUUAUUUUGGAAAAAUAUAUGGAAACAUUUUUAAUUGUGCCAAAAUUGGUGGCCCUUGUGGUGGUGGGCUAUUUUGGCAAUUAAUGGACCAAGGAAUGAAUAGUUUUGGUGAUGGUUAUGAAGUGGUCUUGCAAGUAAGCCCGUCAACUGAUAGAGUCAUACUCUUACAAUCUCUCAGGCUCGAUAAAUUAAAGUUAUAAUAGUAUUUUUAAUUUCAUUCAAGCAUCAAGAUAAUUGUAAUUUGUGUAGCUUUGACUAUCUCGGUCAAAGAUAAAAAUGAACUUAUUGAAGAAUAUAUGAAAG